CAACAUCAGAAGUUUGCAUCCCAUGACUAACUUCAGUCCUAUUCUGAGGCAGGUCACAUGACUUUUUCAUGCAUAAAUAGUGCAGCAAAUGCUUGAGGAGCACACACACCAUGAAGAUCUGCACCUUGCUCACAUUCGGCAGCAUGCUCGCCCUCGUUUGCGGCAUGCCACCCCUGAGCCGUGACUACAACACACACUGCCGCUGCCUGCAGUUCGAGACCAGGGUCAUACCACCGGACAGCCUGCGGAGCAUCAGGCUGGUGUCUGAAGGGCCACACUGCACCAACGCGGAGGUCAUAGCCAUCCUGGCGAAUGGCCAGCGGAUCUGUCUGGACCCUCAGUCCUCGUGGGUCAAGAAGUUGGUCCACUUUGUUCUGGAGAAGCAGCGACAUCAGAGGGGGGAUGUGCAACGCCCCCGAGUUCCAGUUUGAUGGGACAACAAGACUAGCUCCUGUCUCAAAAUAAUAAGACACUAUAUUUUCUUCUAAGUGAACAUAUCAGCAGUCUCUAUCCAUCCAUCCAUAGCAGUCUGUGUGUAAUAAUGUGAAUAGCUAAAAAAAAAUUCAUUAAAAGUGUGAUGAACUAAA